AUGGCUCCGUCAAAUUCCGCCACCCUGCCCAUCAUUCCUCUGCCACAUGGUAUAGUUCUCCUGCCAGGCACCAUCCAACGAAUCCCCGUUUCUCCCAGCCGUCCGGAUAUACCGGCCUUGCUAUCAACCGUCUUCACUCGUGCCGCCGCCAGCGGCUCCAAUGGUCGCAUAGAAACCGUCCCAAUCGCUUGUGUCCCCCAGGCCCGCCUGUCACCUUUGAUGGGACCGAAUGGCCAGCUUCUGAUCGAAAAUGGCGAGCGGGACUACUCAAAGGUUGCCCAAGAUGACUCGGGACGCAAGAUAUCAAAGUCCGACUUAUUUUCCUGUGGUGUUGCUGCAAAGAUCACUGGCGUCGAAGGUCGCGGAACUGGCGACUUCUCUUUGAUAGUCGAAGGCGUCACACGGGUCAAGGUAGAGAAGAUCUAUCAAAUGCAACCAUACUUCGAGGGCAAGGUCACCUACCUCAAGGACCAAGUAUCACAAGACAAGCCCGUCGAGGAACUUUUCCAAGCUCUUAGACUUUUGUCCAGGGAGCUGGUCGCAAUACUCAGGGUGGCUGCCAUAUUCAGAUCAUCAGGCUCUCCGGGGCUGUCGCCGCUAUUGGCCCGAAGGCUGGACUUCUUCAUCAACAAGAAGACCUUAGCUGAAGCUGGCCUGCUUGCCGAUUUCAUGGCCAAUGUUGUCGAGGCUUCUUUUGAGGAGAAGCUCAAGGUACUGUCACUUUUUGACACAAAAGAGCGGAUGGUCAAGGUCAUCGAGCUACUGGAACGGCAAAUUUCUUCUAUCAAAAACAACAUCCGCAUCACCACUUUUACGUCCUCGUCUGUUCCGGUCAUUAUCGAUUCCGAUGACAAAGACCAGGAACCACAGCGCAAGCCCAGCAAGCCCCUCGGCCCAGUGCGUGGGCCCGGGAGUGGCUUUGGCCUGCCGUUCUCAGGUUCAAGGGGAAUGAAUGGUCCAGCGGGCGGCGACGAUGACGAGCCCAACGAGAUAGAGGAAUUGCAAAAGAAGCUUGAAGCGGCAAAGUUGUCCCCAGAGGCAGCUAAACUUGACGACGAUCAUUACGGCCUGGACAAAGUGAAAGCACGGCUUCUGGAGUAUCUCGCUGUGCUGCGACUGAAGCAGUCUGUCAACGAGGACAUAGAUGCCAAAAUCAAGCAGGCCGAGGAAGAGACUGCAUCCCUGGGGACAAUUCAGAAGUCCGAAGGUGAAACCCCUGCUCCGGGCGACCAAGAUCACCAGGUCAAGGGAAGCACGGCCAAGGUCGAAGUGCUGAAGAGUAAGCGGAUGGUUGACAAGUCGCCAAUCUUGCUUCUCGUCGGUCCUCCAGGAGUUGGCAAGACGUCCCUGGCGCGAUCGGUGGCCAAGGCUCUGGGCAGGAAAUUUCACCGAAUCUCGCUGGGUGGUGUUCGCGACGAGGCAGAAAUUCGUGGUCAUCGCAGGACUUAUGUCGCCGCGAUGCCGGGUCUCAUUGUUCAGGGCUUGCGCAAGGUUGGGGUGGCCAACCCUGUCUUCCUCUUGGAUGAGAUCGACAAGUUGGGACAGGCAAACUUCAACGGAGAUCCAUCAGCUGCUAUGCUGGAAGUCCUCGACCCCGAGCAGAACCACACGUUUGUGGACCACUACAUCAACAUUCCCUUGGACCUCAGCAAGGUUCUCUUCAUCGCUACAGCCAACUCGCUUGAUACUAUACCCGCGCCCCUACUGGAUCGCUUGGAGAUGAUCUACCUUCCCGGGUAUACAACUCUGGAAAAGCGACACAUUGCCACGUCUCAUCUUAUCCCCAAGCAGGUGCGCGUCAAUGGCCUUGACGAAGAUCACGUCAAGUUCACCGAUGAUGUUGUUUCCAAGAUCAUUGAGUCAUACACUCGUGAAGCUGGAGUUCGCAACUUGGAGCGGGAGAUUGGUAGUGUUUGCAGAGCAAAAGCAGUUGAAUAUGCCGACGCCAAAGAUGCCGGGCGCCUGGAAACAUACAAGUCAUUGCUCACCGUCGAGGACGUCGAGAACACCCUGGGAAUCGAGAAGUUCGAGGAAGAAAUCGCCGAAAAGACCAGCCGCCCUGGCAUUGUCACGGGGCUUGUGGCUUACAGCUCUGGCGGCAACGGAUCCAUCCUCUUCAUCGAAGUGGCCGACAUGCCCGGUUCCGGCACUGUGCAGCUUACUGGAAAACUGGGUGACGUUCUGAAGGAGAGCGUCGAGGUUGCGCUGUCCUGGGUCAAGGCGCACUCGUUCGAGCUUGGACUAGCUCAAGACCCGUCAGAGAACAUCAUGAAGAACCGUAGUAUUCACGUGCAUUGUCCCUCCGGGUCUAUUCCCAAGGACGGGCCCAGUAGCGGCAUGGCGCAGGCGAUUGCGCUGAUAUCCUUGUUUUCCGGGAAAGCUGUGCCACCCACUAUGGCCAUGACGGGGGAGUUAUCGCUUCGUGGCCGCGUGACAGCAGUCGGGGGCAUCAAGGAGAAGUUGAUCGGGGCGCUUCGGGCUGGUGUCCAGACCGUCAUCCUGCCGGCCCAGAACCGCAAGGACGUCAAGGACCUGCCACAGGAGGUCAAGGAUGGGCUGGACAUUGUCCAUGUCGGCCACAUCUGGGAGGCCCUGCGUUACAUCUGGCCAGAAGCACACUGGCCCGAGGAUCACGAGCUCCCGAGAUUCCAGAGCCGGCUGUGA